AUGCUGCUUUUGUCUUGUUUUACACUUUUGUGCUUCUGCUAUGUAACAGCGUACACUGAAGUGUACAACAAAAAUAACAAUGAUGACGUUAAAGUGCAAACUCAAUAUGAAUUUGAAGUUGAUUUGAAUAUUGGCAGCCCGGGUGAGUUAAAAGUAAAAGAAAAUAUUAAAGAGCCCUAGCCCAGAGCCCUAGCCCAGAGCCCAGAGCCCAGAGCCCAGAGCCCAGAGCCCUAGCCCAGAGCCCUAGCCCAGAACCCUAGCCCAGAGCCCUAGCCCAGAGCCCUAGCCCACACAAAAUAGCCAAUUCAGCUACACCUUAUUUAACUCUAGACCUACACAAGUCCUUAAGCUAUUAUUAGCUAGCUACAAUUUGUUUUUUACACAAGUUUUUACUUUAGCUAAACCAAGCCUUAAGCAAGCUUUAUUAGAAAGAUAUCCAAGCCUUAGCCCAAGCCUAGUCAUUAUAUUUAUUAAGACAUGAUUCUAGGUCCACUCCCCAUCUCUCUUCUAACUUUAUUUCAGGUUUAUUUGUUGUUGAAAACUUUUGUAUUUUUAGCCAAACAGUACACUUUUGGAAUUGAUAUACAAUCAGAAGAUUCCUGGAUUUACAGUAGUUCAUGUGAAGGCUUAUCACAUCACAGAGAUGUGGAUUUAUAUAUUCCAAAGUAAACGCAUGUUUUGUAGCUUAGUAAACUUAAUAUGUACAGAACUUAAGUUAAAAAUGUUAUAUUAUAGUAGAAACCAAGAGUAUAUUAAAGUAGAUACUAAGGGUAUAUUAUGGUAAAAUACGUAGAGAAUAGAACCUUAAACAAAAGAAUUUUUAGCAACUCAAAAACCUUUAAAAACUUGUCUACAACCUUUGAAAAGACAUAUGACAACAUUGGUAGAGCUUCACAAGUUUCUGGUUAUGCCAUCAGUGACAGUUUUAAAGUAAGUCUCUCAUUAUAUCAACAAAAAAUUUUUAAAAAUUUAAAAACAUUUUUUUUAGCUAUCAAACGGUGGCACAGCUCAAAAUAAGAUAAAUCUAAUCACAAGUCUAAAAUAUACUGACAUAACCCAAAAUGAAUACAGCAACUUCUACAGUGGACUGUUGGGAUUGGGUGUGCCUCACAAUAAUAACAAAGACUGGAUUGGUAACUACAUGUUUACAGGCUAUCGACAAGUCAUGUGCCUUGGCAAUGUUGGGUAAGAGCUCCUUACCCUACCCUACCCUACCCUACCCUACCCUACCCUACCCUACCCUACCCUACCCUACCCUACCCUACCCUACCCUAUUCUACCCUACCUUACCCUACCCUUAGCAUACUCUACCAUAUCCUACAAUGCUUUUCUUAACUCUACCCUACUCUAUCCUACCCAACCUUACUGUAAGAUACAUUGGCCUACACCAUCCCACCCUACCCAACCGUACGAUGCCUUAGCCCUGUCCUACGUUGCACAUCUUACCCUACAUUAUAUACAGUUCCUUUACCAAAACUGUAAAAAGGUUUACAGGGUGUUUCACCAUAUUUUGUUUGUAGAAACGAGCAUUUUUCGCCAAAAUACACAUAUUUUCGGUUGAAAAUGCUUUUUUUACUUGAAAUUUUUCUAAUUUUUCAAUUCUUUUGAUACAAGCUUCAAAGUUUUAAAAACACAAAAAAUUAAAAGCGUCAGUGAAGAUGGGCCUGAUAAUUUUAAAACUAAUGCUUUUUGUUUCACGCCGCUACUUUAUGUUUGAAGCAAGUUAUAGCCUCCGCCGAUAAAUUUAGGCGUCCGCCGAGUCUCCGCCAAGUCUUUGAAAACAUUGAAAAUGCGAUUUGUAUCAAAAGAAUUGAAAACUUAGAAAAAUUUCAAGUAAAAAAAGCAUUUUCAACCGAAAAUAUGUGUAUUUUGGCGAAAAAUGCUCAUUUUCAAAAAUUAAUGACGACCUUAAAAAGCACUUAAAAAAUCCAAAAUUUUGCACAAAAAAUUGUAUUAGUCUCUACUACCAGUGUACCAAAAUUUAGAACUAUAGCACAUGUAGUUGCAAAGAUAUAACUCGUUUCUACAAACAAAAUAUGUUGAAACAUCCUGUACUGUAUUCUUUGCAGUUAUCUUAUUUCAGCUGUGGUUUAGCCUAGCCUUAAACAUACUCUACCUCGCCCUACCCUAAAAUACUUUGUCCAGCCCUACUAUAACUUACCCCAAACUGCCCUAUACUGAACUACAGUAUCUUUAACUAAACCAUACUCUUUCCUAAUCUAACUCCAUCACUACUUUAGCCUAUGUUAGCCUCAUCUUAACCCUACUCUACUUAACCCUAUCAAAUUUAUAUUUUACUUUUCAGUGACAAUCUAGCCUUCAGAAGCUUCGGCUCCUUCCCGAACAACAUGAUGACCUACAACAACCUAUCUCAACAUAUUAUUCAUCAGGAAGCGGACCUAUGGACGAUUAAUGUUAACAAAUUUCGAUUCGGCAAGUACAUACUAGGCAAAUUCUUGUAUGCUGCUCCAUCUACCUUAACAUCCGCCAUCCUCUUACCUAAUAACGUGUUUUCAAUCGUUCUACGAACAUUGGGAGCUUCAGAACAAAACGGUAAUUACUAUGUCAAUUGUGAUAAGAAGGACUUACCAGCGCUGGAAAUUCAAGUUGGUACCACUUGGAUUACUGUAACAUCGGAGAGAUAUAUCGAUCGAAGCGAGGUGAGGUUUAUAUUCAUUUUAGUUAACAAAAAGAUGUUUUAUCGUAUAAAAUGUCACCUUAUGGUGCGAAAACACGUUUCAUCGUAUAAAGUGUCACUUUUGUACCAAAACAUGUUUUAUCGCAUAAAAUGUCACUUUCUGAUAAAAAACGUGUUUAAUCGUAUGAAAUGUCACUUUUAAUACCUAAAACAUGUUUCAUCGUAUAAAAUGUAACCUUUUGGUACCAAAACAUGUUUUAUCAUAUAAAAUGUGACCUUUUGAUACCAAAACAUGUUUUAUCAUAUAAAAUGUCGCUUUUUGUUUUUAUUAUAUAUGUUUACUGUAUUGUUUGUAGGUUGAGUAUACUGUAUAUCCCAUGUUUAUAUUGUUUUAGAUUUCAUUUUUUAAAUGAAUAGGUAUAAAAAAAGUUCAAUUUUUAUCAUUUCAGGACUCAAACUGCAAGCUUUUAUUAAAGCCAUCAGCCUCAGACACUAAUGUAACGUUGGGUACUGCUUUCUUCAAUGAUCACUCAUUUUGUCUGAACUACGAAGAGAAGCUACUUCACUUUAUUGAACCUGUACUUCAUUAG